AUGAAGGAUCUGGGACCUUUGAGGUAUUUUCUUGGUAUUGAGGUGGCUUUUUCUCCCAAGGGCUAUUUUUUGUCUCGGGCCAAGUAUGUUAAUGAGGUUAUUCACCGUGUCAGUCUUUCUGACACUAAGAUUUCUGAUACCCCCAUUGAACUUAAUGUGAAGGUCUACACUAUUGAUGGUGUCCCUCUAAAUGAUCCCACUUUAUAUCGCGAGCUUGUGGGUUGCUUAGUCUAUCUGAUGGUUACUCGCCCUGAUCUUGCCUAUGCUAUUCAUGUGGUUAACCAGUUUGUUUCUACUCCUCGCUGUACACAUUGCACUGCUUUGGUUCAGAUCCUUCGCUAUUUUCGCGGUACUAUCUUCCAAGGCUUGCUGUUAUCAUAUACUUCUUCCUUGGAGUUAGUGGCCUAUGCUGAUGCUGAUUGGGCGGGUGAUAUUACCGAUCGUAAGUUCAUUUUUAGUUUUCGUAUGUUUCUUGGCGAUUCCUUGAUCACUUGGAAAAGCAAAAAACAAACUGUUGUUGCCUAUUCUAUUGCCGAAGCAGAGUACCGUCCUAUGACUCAUGUUACUGUUGAAAUUCAUCCGCAGUCUGACUCUAUCUUGUUUCCUUUCGUCUCCUUGGCUCUACAACUUGCUUUUUUUACCAAGAUUCACACCACUGCACGGUUUUAA